UGCGCUUUAAUUUUUCAGAGAAAUAAGAAAAAAUGAAGAUUGUCGGAAAAAAAAAACAAUUGCUGCCCCAAUCCGAACCCUUAGUCAUUGUAGCAGCACUCUUUGCAUGCUCUCUCAAUUUAGUCAGUUAUGUAUUUAAAACGGUGAUCAUAUAAUCAGGCGUUUAAUGUAAAAUGGGUACACAGCCACAAAUUGUCAAAAAAGUGGAUGAAAAGUCAUGGAAAAUUCGUCCCUACGUUUCAGAUCAACAAGUAAAGGACAUUGCAUAUAAAUGUUUUGGGUUAGAUGUCAGUAAUGUUAAAGAAAUUGUUUCCUAUGAAGAUAGAAAUUUUUUAUUGGAAGGUAAAUUGAGCAGUGAGAAAUAUAAAGAAUUCAACAAGUUUGUUUUAAAGAUUUUUAAUGGUGAAUUUACUUUGUUUAAACACAUUUUUGAGAACAACAAUUCUAUCUUGCUAAACUGUGCCGAAAACUGGUCAUUUCAAACACCCAUACCUAUUGAAACUUUGAAAUAUAAUGAAACCAUAGGAGUUUGUAAAAUUCCUUUGCAAAAGGAAUUUAUUUGUGAUGAAGGUUCUAAAAGUGAACUUAUAAGUGAAGAUGGUUGGUAUGAUUUUGCUCAUCUAGUUAGAUUAGUUAUUUAUAUUCCUGGUCAAGUCGUAAAUGUUAAAGAAAUGAAUGAAGACCUUUUGUUUAGCUUUGGAAAAAUGGUAGCUGAAUUAUCUAUUGGUUUACAGCCUAACAUCUGUAAUUCUUGUGAGGAUGUCAUUACUGGCAAAGAAGCAUGGGACACUAUGAAAGCUCCGUACGUUUUACCAGGAUAUAUAACUCUUAUAAAAGACGAAGUUGUAAAAAAACUGUGUGAAGAUGUUUUGUGUUUAUUUGAAAAUAAUGUAUUGCCUAUUAUACAUAAUCUACCUAAGCAGUGGAUACAUACUGAUUUAAAUGAUCAAAAUAUAUUACAAAACAAUAAACAAUUGGUCGGAGUUCUCGAUUUUGAUGAGUUACUUUACUCGUAUCGAGUAGUCGAUCUUGCAACAGCAUUGAUGUAUUUUUCGAUUGGUGCAGACGACGAAAAUCGCAUGAAUAGUAUUGCGGCUAUUUUUAGAGGGUAUUCUUCUUUAAUUACUUUAAAUAAACAAGAGCUUAAAGUAUUAUACACACUAUUUCUUGUCAGGUUUUGCGCAUCAAUCUGUAUGAGUAAUUAUAAUUACAAUUAUAUCGAUCUCGGAAAUAAAUAUUUGUUAAUUCAUGCAGAUAAAGGUAAGCAUUUAUUAAAACACUUCUUUGAUAUGGGAGAAAAAGAAUUUAUGAGUCAAUUGACCAAAAAUAUUACAAAACCUUACAAAACAUAAACUUUCUUCAUGAUUUCUCUUGAGGAUAUCAAUAUUGUAUUAACUUUGUUUAUUUUUAUUAGUUCAACUUGCAAGAAUAAAAGUUAGUUUAUUUUUAUAAGGC